CAGGCGGCGGAAGAGCACACGCACAGAGGAGAGCUCGUCUAUUAAAAACAAACAAAGAAACACUAAAUCUGUUAAGACAGAUAUAAUCGAUGGCGACCCAGUGUGUGACAAAGAUCGAGCUUGCUGUGUCCUGCAAAAACCUUUUGGACAAAGAUGUUGGCUCAAAAUCCGACCCGCUGUGUGUGUUGCUGCAGAGUGUGGGGGAUGACAAGUGGACUGAGGUGGAUCGCACAGAAAAAAUAAAGAAUUGCCAGGAUCCAGAGUUCUCAAAAAGAUUGUGCAUCGACUAUCAUUUUGAGAAGGUGCAAAAGCUAAAAUUCGGGAUCUAUGACAUUGAUAACAAGUCUGUGGACCUGAAAGAUGACGACUUCCUGGGAGGUUUUGAGUGUAACCUGGGCCAGAUUGUGUCAAGUAGGAGGGUCACCAACCCACUUCAACUUAAACCAGGCAAGCCAGCCGGCAAAGGCUUAGUAACGAUUGUGGCUGAAGAAGUAAAAGAUAACAGAGCCAUUGUGCUGGAGGUAGAAGCCAAGAACCUGGACAAAAAGGAUCUAUUUGGUAAGUCUGAUCCUUACCUGGAAUUCUUCAAGCAAGCUGAUGAUGGCUCGUGGCAGCUGGUCCACAGGACUGAGGUCAUUAAGAAUAAUCUGAACCCAUCCUGGAAAAAGUUCUACGUUUCUUUGCAUACAUUCUGUAAUGGGGACCUGAACAAGCCAAUUAAGGUCCACUGCUCUGACUAUGAUAAUGAUGGCUCACAUGAUCUCAUUGGCAUUUUUCAAACUAACGUGACUGAGCUUCAGAAAGUAGAGAGUGGUUCUGUGGUGGAGUUUGAUUGUGUUCAUCCAGAAAAGCAGAAGAAAAAAAAGAGCUACAAGAACUCCGGUGUGGUCCGCAUCAAAUAUUGCAAGAUAGAGGCUCAGUACACAUUCCUGGAUUACAUCAUGGGAGGCUGCCAAGUUAAUUUUACGGUCGGGAUCGACUUCACCGGCUCUAACGGAGACCCACGUUCACCUGAAUCUCUGCACUACCUCAGUCCUAAUGGUGUGAACCAGUACCUUAGUGCCCUUUGGUCUGUGGGCUUGGUUGUCCAGGACUAUGAUGUGGAUAAAUUGUUUCCUGCAUUUGGAUUUGGUGCUCAGGUGCCUCCAGAUUUCAAGGUUUCACAUGAGUUUGCGCUAAAUUUCAAUACCACUAGCCCGUACUGCCAAGGAGUGGAGGGUGUCGUGCAGGCGUAUCGCUUUGCUCUGCCACAGGUCCGGCUGUAUGGCCCAACUAACUUCUCUCCCAUCAUUAACCACGUGUCUCGCAUUGCCUCCACAGCAGCUCAGCAGCCAACCGCAUCACAAUACUUUGUGCUGCUGAUCAUAACCGAUGGAGAGAUCACCGACAUGGACCAAACCAAGCAGGCCAUAGUGAACAGCUCCAAGCUUCCCAUGUCCAUAAUCAUCGUGGGUGUUGGCGAGGCAGACUUCAAAGCCAUGGAGGUGCUUGACGGCGAUAACGGCGUCCUUAGGUCUCCCAGCGGAGAAGCAGCUUCCAGAGAUAUAGUGCAGUUUGUGCCUUACAAAAAUUUUGCCAAUGCACCCAAAGAAGCUCUGGCUCAGACUGUUCUUGCUGAAGUGCCCACUCAGCUGGUGUCAUACUUCAAAAUGAGGAAUCUGGGCCCCGUCAACCCUCCCACUCCUUCUAAAUAGAGUUUUGUAGGGAUAAAAAAAAAAAAAUCAGUGUAAAGGUCUGUUUUGUAUUAUGCAAUGCAAAUAAUUCACUAUAUAUGAAUAGCCUUCUUUAUAAUCUUAAAUAUAUUUUCUAUUUUUUUAGUUCUUUUGAUUUCUUGUUCACUUUUCGCUGUGCCUCUUUCUAAGAAUGUACAUUACAUACAAAAAUAACACAAAUUUUAUAGCAAAAUGCUUAAAAACUCAUUUAAAUACUUGCCAAAGCUUGAAGUAUUUAGUUUAUAGGUUUAGAUAUUUGAGUUCUGGAUUGCCAUGACAUUACCAGCCAUGCUAUUCUGCCAUGCUAUUUAAAAGGCAUUUAUAGAGAGAGAGCUCUAUAAUAUUCCAAAAUGCUGUACAUUGACAUUGGUUCAAUAAUGACCUUAUGACAUCACCUGAACAUGACAUGCAUUCUGACAUUCUGUAUUAUAAUCAUUCCAGCAUCAUUUUGCAUUUUAUUUAUGCAUUUUCUCAGUUUGUCUUCCGCUGCUGUGGGAUCUCUGAUUGCAGUCGAGGUGGCUAUAUUGCUGCUCACGCCUCCAACGACUCGCGCCCAGCCCUUUGCGGAACCCUUUUUCACCUAUGCACUCUGCACAGGUGCCUCUCUAUCUGCCAAUCAGGGUCCUUACACAGCGUCUAAGGACCCCACCCACAUAGUCCGGUCAUCUGCAGGCCGUGUCUGCUGCAGGCACUGCCAAUUAUGCCCGCUAGAUGGCACCCAGCCGACCGGUGGCAACGCCGAGGAGUUCAGAAUCUCAGCGCUGGUGUGCUAGUGGAAUAUCCCACUAUGCCACCUGGGUCAAAUCAUUAUUUAACAGCAUUGAAUUGCAAUGGCAGUACUAGGUACAAUCUUUAUAUUAUCAUGGUAAGACUAUCAAUUAUCAAGUACAGCUAAUCCAUACACAAUCUGAUGCAACAAAAGAGCGAUAAACUGAACCCCCUCCGCCCCCACCUUUGCCAAAAUAAAGAAUGUGCAGAGAACUGAGUUUCUCGUUUUUUUCAACCCCCAAAACAGACAUGUAGUGCAACUUUCUUCAGCAGCCUAUAAUCUCAUUUUAGCCAAAUUUUGUAAAAUGUCUUACAAAUGCUGCCAAUGGACAGUUAAUAAUUAGGUUUGUGGUUUAGUAAACUAAAAAUCAUUUUUAUAUGAGGCAUAUGAAUCACUUUUUAUUUUUUUGCAUGUACGUUAGAUUAUCAGUAUAAACAGCUGGUUUGGAUCGAUCAGGUUGCAAUGUUGGAGUCAUUCCACUUUUAGAAUAAAAUGCCUAGUAUUCCUUUAUUUUUCAUAUAUACAUAUUCACAUGUAUAGUCACUGGGGUCAGAGCACAGGGUCAGCCAUUGUACAGUGCCCCUGGAGCAGAGAGGGUUAAGAGCCUUGCUCAAGGGCCCAACAGUGGCUGCAUGGCAGAGUUGGGAUUUAAACUCUCAAUCUUUCAAUUGAUAGCCCAAAGCUCUACCCACUAGGCUACCACUGUCCCUGUGGUAUGUGAUCGUAUGUGGUGAAUGGAGGAGGUGUAAUGCAACUCAUUGUACUUUCCAAUUUAUUAAUGGCAUUAUAUAACAAAUGUUAUAACAUUACAUACAUUUCACAAUCAAUCUAAACAUCAUAGUUCGAAGUAGCUAGAGCCAAAGGUUAGAUUAUCAGAUGCGUACUAUUUUAAUAAUGCACUUGUUUACAUUAUAAAACCACUUUAAACUAAACCAACUAAAAAAAUGUAUCAUGUAUUAUCAUGCAUGUUGUUUUCUUUUCUUUUUUAACAUAUAACAAUAUAUUGAACAUUAUUGAUAAUAUUGGUGCCUUAUCUGUUUAUUUUUGUAGUAAAAGAGAUCUUUUUGGCAUUCUAUAAUAAUUGCACAUGCUUUAUAGCUUUUCUAUUGCAAAAUAGUUUUAUAAAUAGAAAGUAAUUAAAUAACCAUCAGCUUGUGCUGGAAAGGACACGAUGUGAAGAAUUGAAUUGUAUUGUAUUUGAGUUUGUGUCAAUUGCUGGAAAAAAAAAAAUCAAAUUUUAAACCAUGUGUGUUUCGUUAUGCACUAUAUAUGAGAUAUAUACACUGAUCAGCCAUAACAUUAAAACCACCUUCUUGUUCCUACACUUACUGUCCAUUUUAUUAGCUGCACUUACCAUAUUAA